CCAUAAAAACCUUAUUCUUAAUUGCAUCAUUCUGUUGUGCCCUCACAAAAUCAUUUUUAUACACACUAAAAAACACACACUAAACACACACACAGAGAGUAGAUAUGGAUUGUUUAGGGUGGUGGAAAAAGAUUGUUGCUGCUAUCUCUACAUUGCUUCUCCUUCAUGUUUGUUGCCGUGCCCGCCGAGAUCGAGGCUUCAGUUUCUUGCACCAAGCCACAACAGCACCAAUGGUGUCAUACUACGAUUACAUCAUUGUCGGUGGCGGCACCGCCGGCUGCGCAUUAGCCGCCACCCUCUCUCGAACCUCCUCGGUACUCCUCCUCGAACGGGGUGGCUCCCCGUUCGGUAACCCAAACAUCACCCACUUAUCCGCAUUCGGAGCUGCCCUGUCCGAUCUCUCCCCAAAAUCCCCUUCCCAACGGUUUGUCUCCGAGGACGGCGUCAUCAAUGCCAGGGCCCGCGUUCUUGGAGGCGGAAGCUCCCUGAACGCGGGAUUCUACUCACGGGCUGGGUCCGAAUUCAUCGCCAAUGCGGGAUGGGAUGCCAAGUUGGUAAACGAGUCGUACCGGUGGGUCGAGAGGCGUGUGGCGUUUCAUCCACCGUUGAGACAGUGGCAGUUGGCGGUUAGAAACAGUUUGUUGGAGAUUGGUAUACGGCCGUAUAACGGUUACACCCUUGACCACUUGUACGGUACAAAAGUUGGGGGGACUAUUUUUGAUGGAUACGGGCGCAGGCAUAGUUCUGCUGACUUGCUUUAUUAUGCAAAUGCUAAUGGGCUCACUGUUUUCUUACAUGGGCCUGUUCAAAAAAUAUUAUUCACAACAGAGGGAAAAAUAAAGCCAACAGCCAAUGGGGUGAUCUUUAGUGAUGCAAAUGGGUUGAACCAUUGGGCUUACUUGAGAAAAGGGUCAACAAAUGAAGUCAUAGUUUGUUCUGGGGCACUAGGAAGUCCACAACUACUAAUGUUGAGUGGGCUAGGCCCAGAGAAGCAUCUUGAGGCCCAUAAUAUAUCUGUGGUUUUGAACAUGCCUUUAGUGGGCCAAGGGAUGUCUGAUAACCCGAUGAAUGCUGUUUUCGUCCCCUCUCCUAGGCCCGUUGAGGUGUCUCUCAUCGAAGUUGUCGGUAUUACUCACAAUGGGAUCUAUAUAGAGGGCGCGAGUGGCGCAAACUUUGCUAGUCAAACCAAAACUAGAGAUUUUGGGUUGUUAUCUCCAAAGAUUGGACAACUCGCGACUUCGCCCCCAAAACAAAGAACACCAGAAGCGUUAAAUAGGGCAAUAGAAGCAAUGAGGUUCCUCCCACGAAGUGCUUUCGUGGGCGGAUUUAUAUUGGAAAAGAUCAUGGGCCCGCUCUCAAGAGGACAUCUUGAGCUUCGGUCCACAAACCCUAAUGACAACCCUGCGGUCACCUUUAAUUACUUUAAAGAUCCCGGAGACUUAGAAAAAUGUGUGGAAGGGAUCAGAAUCAUCGAGAGGGUCAUUGAAUCAAGAUCAUUUUCAAGAUUCCGAUACAAUCACCUCCCAGUCUCUAGUCUUCUAAACAUGACUGCUAAUUCGCCCGUUAAUUUGUUGCCUAAACAUGCUAAUGCUUCGAGAUCUUUAGAACAAUUUUGUAGAGAUACCGUGACAACUAUAUGGCAUUACCAUGGAGGAUGUCAAGUUGGCCAAGUGGUAGAUCAUGAUUAUAGGGUUAUAGGUGUUGACUCUCUUCGGGUCAUUGACGGGUCAACUUUUGAUUAUUCUCCCGGAACUAAUCCUCAAGCUACCGUGAUGAUGCUUGGAAGGUACAUGGGAGUUAAAAUGUUGCAUGAGAGAAUUGCAAACAACUGAACAUAUUGAAGAUUCAGUAAAACUGUUUGUUGCUUUGAAUUUCUAUUUAAAAUUUGUUGAUUAAUUAGU